AUGGAAGUCGAAGUUCCCUUUGAUGAAGUCUGUCAACCAGAAGCAGCAUCAGCAGCUUCAGCAUCAUCCUCUGCUGUACCGGUAGCGAUCCAAGAAGAAGGAUACGCUGCAGAGGAAAACAAUAAUAAUCAAGAGGAAGACGACGAGAUUCCAGAUCUACGCCAAGAGAGUAUCCUCACUUCGGGUUCCUCACUGGAUGGCAGUGAAGCGAUUUUUCGACCACACAAGGACGCAAAGUCGAGCAGUUUGAUGACGCAGGAACAACAAGAUCAUCAUGAUCAUCAUGAGGAGGAAGAAGACAAUCUUCCAGAUUCUCCAACUGCUAGUAUUGUCUCUUCCAGUUCCUCGUUUGAGGAGGAAGAUGACGAAGAUGAUGAUAGCGUGGAUGACGAAGAUGACAACAGUGUCGCUAGCAGCACGGGAAAAGUCGACCUCAAGGAUUUUGACGAUCGAUACGAUCGCGAAAGUGUCGCCUUUGCUCUGGUGGACAAAAUGUGUGCACCCGUAGAUAUGGUGUGUUCGCCCAAGCAUCAAUUGGAUGCUGUCCAUGAUGAUGAUAAUGAUGGUAUCAUUCGUCGAAGGGAACGAAAUGAAGAAGAUGAUAGUUAUACCUUCUUUCCCAGAAAAAAGCAAGAACCUAAAUUUCCACUCGGGUAUGCGGCGUGUGCCAGCGAAGAAGCGCCCAAAUCAAUCAUGUCGGAAGCAUUCGAUUCUUGGAAUUCUUUGCUACAAAAGAUGGGGAGCCAAUUGACGGUACAAGAGUUUAUGGAACAGCCUGCUCCUAGUUUUCAAUCGGCCGCGAGCACCGGGUCGCAAAAAGAGAGACAGGUAGUACUGUAA